AUGUCUGACAACGUCGGAAAAUGGGCAGUGGGAACGCAUUACGGCCCUGUGCUUACCCAGUCGGACUUGUAUCUCUUGGAGAAUGUUGACCUCGAGCUCCACCCCGUCCUUGCUAGCACAGAUGGUUCAUUCCAACUCAUCUUCAACAUCGCAACAGGGCAAACAUCCGGUUACAAUGCCGACAAUCGCGACCACGACCUCCCGUUCACGGCCAAGGACGAGCCUGCCACUCUUCCACGAGUCGAUCAACUUAUUAUCAUCACAGACAUGAGUCCAUGGUGUACCGUCGUCAAGAAUCCCGCGGGUGUUACUCUAAAUGACAUAUGCUCGACUUUGUGGAGAGAAUAUACAGAUAACACUGUGACCGACAAGGAGCUCGAGGUACUCCAGCCCCGUAUUCAAGACCAGAUCAAGCGUUUUGCGGCAGGAACUGCUAGCUCGGCGUGGCAACAAUAUUAUUCCCCUUCACCCAAUACCGCAUCUCGAGUGAAAAGAUGCGACUGGCUACGUGAUCGACAAUUCUUCGAGAAAUUGUCGAGGAGAGAUAAUUAUGCAAAGCAGCGACUCGGAUACUCUGCAGCCAACAUCUUCGUCAUGACGCUCAGCCAAUAUUAUUGA